AUGACCUGUUCAACCCAAGGACAGCAGCGGGCUAGCGUGAAAGGGAUAACUAGCCUUCCGUGGACUCCCCAGCUCCGGCGUGGAGAUGCUGUGGUCAGUGCAUGUCAUGGGUGGGAACAAGAGCUUCAGGAUGCAUUUUCUGUUUUUCAGGAUGAAUCUUCAAGUCAUGAGUGUAACCAGCGCACAAUCCUUCUUUAUGGAGUGGGCAAGGAGCGUGAUGAAGCGAGGCAUCAGCUGAAGAAAAUUACCAAAGAUAUUUUGAAAAUCCUAAAUAAGAAGAGCAGCACCGAGACCGGGGUUGGAGAUGAAGGACAGAAAGCCAGGAAGAGCAAACAGGAGGCCUUUCCAACACUGGAGACCGUGUUCACCAAACUUCAACUCCUGUCGUAUUUUGAUCAGCAUCACGUGACGUCUCAGAUCUCUAACAAUGUGCUGGAGCAGAUCACAAGCUUUGCGUCAGGAACGUCCUAUCAUCUCCCUUUGGCUCACCACGUUCAGCUCAUCUUUGAUCUCAUGGAGCCAGCCCUGAACAUCAAUGGACUAAUUGACUUCGCAAUACAGCUCCUAAAUGAACUGAGUGUUGUAGAAGCCGAGCUGCUCCUGAAAUCCUCCAGCCUGGCAGGAAGUUAUACCACGGGGCUGUGUGUCUGCAUUGUGGCUGUCCUCAGGCGGUACCACAGCUGUCUCAUCCUGAGCCCCGACCAGACAGCCCAGGUGUUCGAAGGGUUGUGUGGCGUGGUAAAGCAUGUCGUGAACCCCUCAGAAUGUUCUUCCCCUGAAAGAUGCAUCUUAGCCUACCUCUAUGACCUCUACGUGUCCUGUAGCCACCUCAGAAGUAAAUUUGGAGACCUCUUCAGUAGUGCCUGUUCAAAAGUUAAGCAAACCAUAUAUAAUAAUGUGAUGCCUGCAAAUUCUAACUUGCGAUGGGAUCCGGACUUCAUGAUGGAUUUUAUUGAGAAUCCUUCAGCCCGUAGCAUCAACUACUCAAUGCUGGGCAAGAUCCUUAGUGACAAUGCGGCCAAUCGCUACAGCUUCGUCUGCAAUACGCUCAUGAAUGUAUGUAUGGGCCAUCAGGACGCUGGAAGGAUUAAUGACAUAGCCAAUUUCUCCUCUGAGCUGACGGCUUGCUGCACUGUUCUUAGUUCAGAAUGGCUGGGAGUUCUGAAGGCCCUUUGUUGUUCUUCAAAUCACGUGUGGGGGUUUAAUGAUGUACUUUGCACUGUAGAUGUGAGUGACCUUUCCUUCCAUGAUUCAUUAGCUACUUUCACCGCCAUCCUGAUAGCGCGACAGUGCUUCUCCCUGGAGGAUGUGGUGCAGCACGUCGCUCUUCCCUCUCUCCUCGCAGCAGCCUGUGGAGAUGCGGACGCCGAGCCUGGGGCGAGGAUGACGUGCCGACUCCUGCUCCACCUCUUCCGAGCUCCCCAGGCCUGCUUCUUGCCUCAGGCAACCGGCAAACCUUUCCCAGGAAUAAGAUCAUCUUGUGAUAGACACCUCUUAGCCGCUGCUCACAACAGCAUUGAAGUGGGAGCCGUGUUUGCUGUCUUAAAAGCGAUUAUGAUGCUUGGAGAUGCCAAAAUUGGCAAUAACAGUGUCAGCUCUUUAAAGAAUGAUGACUUCACCAUGAGGAGUUUACGACGUGAUGGGAAUGCUGAUGAUAUCUGGACUGCCUCACAGAAUUCAAAGUCCUGUGGGAAAAGCAUUUCCAUAGAAACUGCCAACUUAAGAGAAUAUGCUAGAUACGUACUGAGGACUAUCUGUCAACAGGAGUGGGUAGGAGAACACUGCUUGAAAGAACCUGAAAGAUUAUGCACAGACAAGGAGCUUAUAUUGGACCCUGUGCUUUCCAACAUCCAAGCACAGAAGUUACUGCAGCUCAUCUGUUAUCCUCACGGCGUUAAAGAAUGUCCCGAGGGGGACAACCUGCAAAGACAGCACAUUAAGCGCAUCCUUCAGAAUCUCGAGCAGUGGACACUGAGGCAGUCCUGGCUAGAACUUCAGUUAAUGAUCAAGCAGUGCUUGAAGGACCCUGGCUCUGGCUCGGUGGCUGAGAUGAACAACUUGCUGGACAAUAUUGCAAAGGCAACAAUAGAGGUGUUCCAGCAGUCUGCCGACUUGAACAAUAACUCCUCCAGUUCUGGGAUGGGCCUCUUCAACCCAAAUGGGGUCGGAAGUACUGACACAAGUAGCACGAGGCAGAAUGGGAUAAAGACAUUUCUAAGUUCCUCUGAACGCAGGGGUGUGUGGCUGGUGGCCCCCCUCAUCGCCAGGCUGCCGACUUCUGUGCAGGGCAGAGUGCUGAAAGCUGCUGGGGAGGAGCUCGAGAAGGGCCAGCACUUGGGUUCUUCUUCAAAGAAGGAAAGAGACAGACAGAAGCAGAAAAGUAUGUCUCUCUUGAGCCAACAACCAUUCCUCUCACUGGUCCUUACCUGCCUCAAGGGACAAGAUGAGCAACGAGAAGGCCUCCUAACAUCUCUCCAGAAUCAAGUUAAUCAGAUUUUAAGUAACUGGAGAGAGGAGCGGUACCAAGACGACACAAAGGCGCGGCAGAUGAUGCACGAGGCAUUGCAGCUCCGCCUCAACCUGGUGGGAGGAAUGUUUGACACGGUGCAGAGGAGCACACAGUGGACAACAGAGUGGGCCCUCCUCCUCCUUCAGAUCAUUACUUCCGGAACCGUGGACAUGCACACUAACAAUGAAUUGUUCACAACAGUUCUCGACAUGCUGGGUGUUUUAAUCAAUGGAACCUUAGCCUCUGACUUAUCGAACGCAUCCCCCGGGGGGUCUGAAGAGAACAAACGUGCAUACAUGAAUCUAGUAAAGAAACUGAAGAAAGAGCUGGGAGACAAGCGAUCAGAAAGUAUCGACAAAGUCCGCCAGCUGCUGCCUUUGCCCAAACAGACGUGUGACGUCAUCACCUGUGAGCCCAUGGGCUCCUUGAUCGACACGAAGGGAAACAAGAUCGCUGGGUUCGACUCCAUAGAUAAAAAACAGGGUCUCCAGGUCUCUACAAAGCAGAAGGUGUCCCCGUGGGACUUGUUUGAGGGUCAGAGGAACCCAGCCCCUCUGUCCUGGGCCUGGUUCGGGACUGUCCGAGUGGACCGAAAGGUGGUGAAGUACGAGGAGCAGCAUCACCUCCUUUUGUAUCACACACACCCCAUGCCCAAGCCCCGCAGUUACUACCUCGAGCCGCUGCCCCUGCCUCCUGAGGAGGAAGAGGAGGAGCCCACGUCUCCUGUCUCUCAGGAACCGGAGAGGAAAUCGGCUGAGCUUUCGGAUCAGGGGAAAGCCACAGCAGACGAAGAGAAGAAAACCAAGGGAAGGAAACGCAAGAUGAAAUCCAGCUCCAGAGCUGACAUGAUGCACCAUCCACAGUCCGCCUUGUGGGGCUACAACCUCAUGGGGCAGCCCCAGCAACCCGGAUUUUUCCUUCAGAACCAGUCUCUCACUCCAGGUGGCUCCCGAUUGGACCCUGCAGGCUCCUUUGUCCCGACCAACACCAAGCAGGCCCUGUCGAACAUGCUGCAGCGGCGCUCGGGCGCUGUGAUGCAGCCGCCUGCCCUCCACGCCCUCACUUCGCAGCAGCAGUUGAUACAGAUGAAGCUUCUGCAGCAGCAGCAGCAGCAGCAGCAGCAGCGGCUCCUCAGGCAAGCCCAGACUCGACCCUUCCAACAGGGCCAGCCGGGGGACCAGGCUGCUCUCUUUGCUGCACAAGUGCGGCCCUCCCCUCAGCUCUCCCAGUAUCCAGGGCUGCAGCAAGCACAGACCAUGCCCCAGGGCUAUACGAUGUACGGAACACAGAUGCCUUUGCAGCAGACCCCGCAGCAGCAGGCUGGCAGUAUGGUCCUGUCCCCCACCUAUAACUCCAGAACCUAUCCAGCCGCACAUUCCAACCCGGCGCUCAUGGAAAGACUCCGACAGAUGCAGCAGCAGCCCAGUGGCUAUGUCCAGCAGCAGGCGUCGCCGUACCUGCAGCCCUUAGCCGGCUCUCAGAGACUGAAUCAUCAGUCCCUUCAGCAGAGCCCCCUGGUGGGCGGAGGCAUGGAUGCGGUGUUGACUUCCACACACCCAAACCUUCCCUCGGUGCCCCUGCCCCAGGACCCGAUGAGAGCCAGGCAGCCGCAGGUUCGACAGCAGCAGAGGCUCCUCCAGAUGCAGCAGCCCCAGCAGCCGCCCCAGCCCCAGCAGAGUCAGACCCUCAGUCUCCAGGCGAUGCAGCCCCAGCAGCCUUUGGUCCAGUUCUCCUUACUGGCCAGUGUCCGUCCAUCCUUGCUUUUUGCCCGGCUAGGGCGCAGGGUAGGCCGGCUGCAGAGGAGAAGCUGCUCUGACUCGCUCUGUUCUGACUCCUGUGGUCUCGGGGGGCGGGAGGGUGGUCCUCCACACAGCCGCCGCCCUGGCGCUCUCCGGUGGCGCGCGCUUCGCCUGGUGAAGCCAGAGCUCCGGCAGGCCGUGCGCUGGAGACACGGCGCUCUGCGGGGUCGCGGAGUCCCCCGGAGAGGACUGCCCCGCCACCGCGCCGUGUGGAGUCACAGGAGCCGGUGCAGGGCCGCGCUGCCCGCGGAGGGAAGAGAGGAGCCGGAGAGGCCGCGUUAG